AUGCAAUCCAACAAUAAGCCUAAAGCUUCUAUAAAAACCUUGGACAAGACACAGAAGGAUGUCCAUCUUUUACCAAAUGCGGUAUCUUCAGAAAUUUCGAAAAAUGCAAGAAACAGCCAAUCAAAAUAUAAAAAUAUUCAAGUGUUCUAUAAAGACAAUAUCACUACAAUAUUAAUGAAGCGGCCAGAGAAAAAAAAAAUGCAUUAAGUAUGGAGUCCUAUAAAGAAAUUUCUGAUGCUCUAGAAGAAGCUGGAAAUGAUGAUUCAGUUCUCACUGUGUUUACAGGAUAUGGUGAUUACUUUACCAGUGGCAAUGAUUUAAAUAAUGCUCUUAGAAGAAGCAACGGAAACCUGGAGGACAUGAUAACAGAAUCAUCGAAUGUUGUGAGGAAUUUUGUGUGUAAAUUCAUCGACUUUCCAAAGCCACUUGUAGCCAUGGUGAAUGGACCUGCUAUUGGUAUUGGUACAACAAUCCUUGGCUUAUGUGACCUUGUGUAUGCAUCUGAUCAGGCUACAUUUAACACACCUUUCAGCAAACUCGGCCAACAUCCAGAAGCAUGCUCUUCUUAUACCUUCCCAAGAAUAAUGGGCUUGUCAAAGGCUAUUGAAGUAUUACUUUUCAACAAGACACUAACGGCUCGUGAAGCUUGUAACCUUGGACUGGUCACUGAAGUUUUUCCUGACAGUACCUUUCAGCAGGAAGUUUGGUCAAGGCUGAAAUCUUAUGCCACCUUUCCUAAAAAUUGUCUGGCUCUUUCGAAACAGUUGGUUCGCAGUGUGGAUAACGAGAAACUUCACACUGUAUGUGUAAAAGAGAUGGAACUUCUCAUUAAAAGAGCAAACUCCGAGGACGCUCUUAAUGCUAUACAGCAAUUCUUCUCAAGAAAAUCAAAGAUGUAA